AUGCACCGGAUUAAAUCGUGGGCGAAAGCUCACGCAUUCUCAAGCAACGAUUCACCCGAUCUUGAAUCCUCGACGCGACCCGACGUCGCUCGCUCGUACGAUGGACAAGUGAAUACGGGCGCCGCUCGGGCCCAAUCGCCUACCACGGCCGGGCCCGAGGAUGAUAAGGAAAAGAAAUCCAACCCUAGCAUGUUCCUCCGUGCUCGCAAUGGGUCCGUUCGGUUCUUCCAACAUACUAAGGAUGCCCUCUGCCACACCUGGGUCAAUAUCCUGUUGGUCUUCGUGCCGAUCGGUAUCGCCGCAGAGGCGGCUCACCUCAACCCGAACGUCAUCUUCGCGAUGAACGCCGUGGCCAUUAUUCCCCUGGCUGGACUUUUGAGUCACGCUACCGAGAGCGUGGCCACCCGGCUCGGUGAUACAAUUGGUGCUCUCAUUAAUGUCACCUUUGGUAACGCGGUGGAGUUGAUCAUUUUCAUCAUUGCUCUUGUCAAGAAUGAAAUCCGCAUCGUCCAAGCUUCCCUCUUGGGCUCCAUUCUCGCCAACCUUCUUCUAAUUUUGGGCAUGGCCUUCCUGCUGGGAGGCCUUCGUUUCCAAGAACAAAUUUACAACAGUACUGUAACGCAAAUGAGCGCGUGUCUGCUCAGUUUGAGUGUGACUAGUCUCCUGCUGCCUACUGCUUUCCAUGCUUCCUUUUCAAAUAGUGGCGACGCCGACCGUUUCACCCUCAAAGUUAGCCGUGGAACGAGUGUCGUGCUUUUGCUGGUUUACAUUUUGUAUAUUCUCUUCCAGCUUAAGUCGCAUUCUUACCUCUACGCAAGCAUUCCUCAAGCCAUCAUUGACGAAGAGUCCCACCCUGGUCUGCUUCAUGACUUGAUGAAUAGCUCCUCGGAUUCAUCCAGUAGUUCAAGCGAAGGGUCUGUGGAUACCACUACUUCUUGGACAACUGCUAAGCGAAUCAAGCGUGCCAUGAAGCAUCGCAGACACCGCAAAUCAAACAACUCGAUCGACAAUACUCCGACUGCCAUUGAAUUCGACGAGGUCCGUUAUGAUGCUGACGAUGACAUUCACCCGUCCUCAGCCGUGCGUUCCCGGGAUUUUGGUGCUCCUGCCAGCCGCAUCAAUAGUAUCGGCAGCACGAAGUCCGAAAAGCGUGGUCGCAGGAAGCGUCUCUCGAAGCCUGGCAAAGUGCGUGUCGAGACACCUGUGGACCAUGGUCUUAUGACCGAGGCCAAUCGGCCUUCCAUGAAGGGUUUUGCCUCGACUCCCAACUUCGCUGGGAUGGAGGGCGUCGGUCCUGACGAGGGCUCUCGCAAGCGUUCGCCUUUCAACUUGCUCACCAACACUGUCUUCAGCUCUCAGAAUCCUUCUCAGUCGCCUCAUCCUGGCAAUACUGUUGCCCGGCCGGCUCUGUACCGAAGCAGCUCUCUUCCCGCCAAGAUGAGACCUGCCCCCGCCGCCGGAAAUCCUGUCCAGUUUGCUCGAGGUGCUGCCCGUACCGCUGGUGCUCCUCCUACUGCUCCUGUGGACGGUGGCACUGUCGCUGUUGGGGAAGACGAGCCGGACAUGUCUCGUACUGCUGCCGUGGUUCUUCUUCUGAUCUCUACGGCUUUGGUUGCUGUCUGUGCUGAAUUCUUGGUUGAUGCUAUUCCCGAUAUGCUUCAAAGCUCCAAUGUUAGCGAAGCUUUCAUCGGGUUGAUCAUUCUUCCUAUCGUGGGUAAUGCAGCCGAGCACGUUACUGCUGUCAGCGUUGCUACGAAGAACAAGAUGGACUUGGCCAUCGGUGUGUCUGUUGGAAGUAGUAUCCAGAUUGCUAUCUUCGUCACCCCACUGGUGGUCAUUCUCGGCUGGUGUAUGGAUAAGGACAUGUCCCUGUAUUUUACCCUAUUCGAGACCAUCUCGCUCUUCGUCACCGCCUUUGUCGUCAACUUCCUUGUUCUGGACGGGCGCAGUAACUACCUUGAAGGAGCCCUUCUGAUUGCCGCCUACGUGAUUAUUGCUUUGGCCUCCUACUUCUACCCUGACGGCAAUAACGCCAGCGCCUUGGCUGGCGCAAAUUAA